AUGGCUGCCGGGGGUCCCGUCCAGGAGCUGUGCGAGGAAGCCUCUUGCUCCUUCUGCCGGGACUUUUCCAGCGAUCUGGUGACCAUCGUGGAGUGCGGCCACAGUUUCUGCCCAGCCUGCCUGACCCGCAGCUGGGGGGCAUCUGGGGCCGAGGCUUCCUGCCCCCAAUGCAGAGGGCGAGCGCAGGAGGGGACCCUCCAGCCCAACCAACAGCCGGCCAACUUGGUGGAAGUAGCCAAGAAACCCAGUCCUCAGGGGCAGAAGCGAAGGAGGGGGGUCUGCGAGCAGCACCAGGAGCCCCUGAGGUUUUUCUGCAAGGAGGACGAAGCCCCCCUCUGCGGGGUCUGCAGCACAUCCGAGGAGCACCAAGACCACCAGGUGGUUCCUCUGGAGGAGGCUUUCCUGGAAAAGAGGGCAGUCAUGGCUGCUGGAAGUGGGAGAGUUUGCCAGAAGCACCAGGAUCCGCUGAAGCUCUUCUGCAAGGACGACGAAGCCCCCAUCUGUGUAGUCUGUGAUCGAUCCAAGGAGCCCAGAAAUCACGAAACCCUUCCUCUUGAGGCCUCCCAAUUCCGCAACUGCCUGGAGAAGCUGAAGACGAAGAGAGAAGGAAUUGUGGCGUGUCAAGCAGUCGUAGAGAAGAAAAGUAAAGACCUGCUCAAGGAAACCACAGGAGAGAAGCAAGAGAUGGCAGCCAAGUUCAGACAACUACGCACAUUUCUGGAGGAGCAAGAGAAACUUCUCCUGGCCCCGAUGGAAGAGAUGGAGAAGGAGGUGGAAAGAAACCGGGACCAGCACCUGGCCAAACUCUGUGAGAAGCUCUCCCCUCUGGACAGCCUCAUUCAGGAGAUGGAAGAGAAGUGUCAGCAGCCUACCAGUGAACUCCUGCAGGAAGCCAGAAGCACCUUGCAGAGGUACGAACAAAAGGAGGCUGCAGUGCCUUUUCCUCUUGCCCAGAAGUGGCGCAUCUGGGACUUCUCCAAUCUAAAUCUUCUUUUGGAGGACAUCAAGAAGCGAUUCAAAGGCAUCCUGGAUUCUGGACUUCACCUGCAGAAAGUAAAUGUGACUCUGGAUCCAAACACGGCCCAUCCAAAACUCGUCCUGUCUGAGGACCAGAAAAGUGAGCCCAAGAGGAUCCGAGUCUGUCUGAAGUACACUGAGGGCCGAGUGGCCUUUUACGACGCAGACCGAGGAUCCCUCCUCUACGAGUUCUCUGGAGCCUCCUUCCGUGGAGAGACCCUCCUGCCCUUCUUUUGGCGUGGACCAAGAGUGGCUGACAUCGUUGUCCAGUCCUGUGAAUCGGAGGAGGCUGAGUGUGUGCGUGAGAGUGGCCCUCGAAUGAAGAAAAAGGUGGUGGAUUUUGGCAGUGGAGUGCUGGAUAGAAAGGAGGUGGCUUGA